GCGCGCGCGUGACGCCGCACGCCGAGGGGCGGGGCUUGGGCGGCGGCGGCGGCCUCGGGACCCACGGUUCCCUCCGCGCUCCCACCGGGAUGGGCCGGCCCUGGCAGGCCCUGCGCGCCCUGCGCCUGCGGCUCUUCGGGCCCGCCAAGGAGCUGGUGGGCACCGACCAGUUCGGCAACAAGUACUACCGGGUGCCGAAGCACGAGACGCGCGCAGGGCAGAUUAGACCAGAAAGAAGAUUUGUAGAAGCAAUAAAUCGUCAAGCAUAUCAGUAUGAAAUGGGUGACUUUCCAGCAGAAUGGGAAGCAUGGAUAAGAAAAAAAAGAAAGGAUCCACCCACCAUUGAGGAAAUUCUUAAGAAUGAAAAUUAUAGAGAACAGAUGAAACAGAAAAUCAGAGAUGUAUCUGAAAAGGAUAGGCUGCUUCAGGCAGAGGAAUACAAGGAAGGACUUGUUGCUGAACCGGCUCGUACUCAUGUUAAAGGCCACGCAUCUGCCCCUUACUAUGGAAAGAAAGAGCCUUCCCAAGACCCAACGAGCACUGCGAAUUCCUUUCAGCCAGGCUCCUGGAUGCCACCAGGCAGUGGUAGUAGUCAUAAUAAAUAAACAGUUGUAAUGUGCAGAUAGUGCGGGUGGAUAAAUAUUUCAACAGACAGCAUAAACAGCUGUUUUAUGUGAGUGUGCAAUAAAGUAAUAUUAAAGCAGUUUCAUUUAUUUUUGGAGAACUGUUCAAAUAGGCUUGCUUAAUCAGGACAAAUGACUAAAAUGUUUGGGUUUAGUGAAAAACAGGAUGUGUUACUAAUUAAGUUUGUUUUCAACAGUUGCUGUUCAUCAGCUACUCCUGAAAUCAUAGGUAGGUUUUCUAGAUAACUUGAUUUUCUUAAAUAAUUUUAAACUGUUUUUUCCUUGAAGACUCAUUUAUUUUUAAAUUGUGUUCGAUGUAAUAAUUUUUAGUUAAUCAGUACAUUUAUUUUUCCCAAACCUAGGCAGCAGUUUAGGAUAGUGCUUCAGAAUGCUUGUUAAGUCCCUUGGCAGUGCCAGUGUGCUUUCCUCUGGCAAGUGGAUGGAAAAGUCAAUUUCAUGAACAGGAAUCACUGUGACACUACAGACUACACCCUGUAUUAAUCUUAGAGACAUUCUUCUAACUUGGAUUUAAGAAAAUAAUCAACAUAUGUGAAUGUUUGAUUUGCAGCCAGCGGUAAGCACAGGAUAAAAUCAGGCUGAGUUAAACUACAGAUUACUGUGAUAGAGGUUAGAAGCACUUGGUAAAGCUGCUGGAAAAUAACACAGGGUUUGGGACAAGGGACUGUCAUUUAUUUACUUUAAAAAUAUUAAUAGGUUUUAUUUCUUGUGUAUGUGGUUAGAUUUGACCAUAGUUUAGAUACAUAGAAUGUGCAGAUUAUUUGCUUGGAGAUGAUGUUUGAGAACUUCAAGUCAAAAUAAAGACCACACAAUUUUUUGAAAAAAA